CAAGAUUUGAUUUAUUUCAAUUUAUUCUGACUUAUAGCGACACACCUCUACUCAACAUUUGCGACUAGCUAUAGCAAUAGCAUAAAUUUAAGAUCACAGCUAGUGACUAAUAUUAUAUUAAACUGUGUUGUACACUGUAUGAGGAAAUAUUCAAAACGCUCAAGAGACAUUAUUGCAAGCGUAUUAACUUAAAACAUUAACAAUGUUAUCUCCACUACUAUAUCCGUAUAGAAGGAUUCCACAGACAUUAACACAACUCAUUAAAAGGAACAUCUACUUCAAUGACAAUUCCGGUAGGACGAACAUUCUUGAUGAAAGUAAAUGGGUGAAGGUCGUAUCCAUGCAAAGCCAGCAAAAAAGAUGGAGAGGUAGAAAUACUGGAAGAUAUAGCGGGAAGAGAGAACGAAAGGAUGGAUUUAGGAAGAAUGAAUGCAAGGAACUUGUAAGUCAACAAAGGAAAGAUUUUAAGAGAAACUUUGGAUUGAGGCGCGCUGUAGAAUAUGUGAAAAUAUGGAAGGGAGAUUUUGGGAGGAAGAUGUUAGGGAUGAAAGAGUAUAUACAGAAAACAAGUGAGAAAGAAUUUGGGAAGCAAACAAUUAUAAAACAUUACAACAAACUUAAGUUCAAAGAGUAUGGCAGGAACAUGUUUGUAGAUUACAUGAACAUACGAAAAGAAGAGUUUGCGAGGAAAGCUGAGUUCAUAAAAUAUAUGAACAAACACAACAAGCAUUUCUGGAAGAAAUACUUAGAAAUGAAAGACUUUAUAGAGUCUGUCAAAUAUGUGAGCAGAUAUCGGAAAGAUUUUUGGAACAAACACAAAGAAAAUCCCAAAGAGAAUUCGAAAGAGUCUGUUGGAUAUAUGAAUAUGGACAACUACAAGGAUAAAGAAAUUGUGGACUAUGUAAACAAAUCCAAGCGCCCAGGAGAGUUCUUAUUAUACAUAAAGAAAAACAAAAAAGAAGAGAUAAAGGACUUCAUCAAAUCUAGUUUCAAGUUUGGUGUUAAAUAUGGCCAUCGUAUUUAUUUCGUUUAUAAAACACUAUCUGGUGACCAUUUCAUCCAACUUGACCAGGACCAACCUGACUACCUGGAAAAAAAGUCAACCAAUACAUCCGAAGAAGAAAAACUAACCCACUUUCUGGAUGACAAUAUAAAUGAGGAACAACAGAAGAGUGGUGAGGAAAAGGCAAUGGGUGAGACAGAAAAUGGAAAUAAAAAAACUGGUAUGACAAAACAAAUAGUGGAAACAUCGAUACGUGUGGGCAUAAUUGUUACCACUGGUUACUGGUUCUGAAGCAUGGUCCACUCCAUAUUAGAGUGACAAAGACUAGAGACUGUACAAUGCCAGAAGAAAGUUAAAAAAAAAAAAAAUUAUAUAUAGUGAAAUAGUAAAAUGGACAAAAUGUAGCUUGUCCCAUUGACAUUUGGUAAUGGUUACUCAUUUAAAGCAACUCUUUUCUUGUACUACUUAAGCCCAAAUACACCAAUGGGGCAAAUUGGGACCUCCAUAGACUUGACAUUGCGUGGGACCUCAUGGGACUUCAUAUGAUUUUGCCAGAUGGAGUCUUUGGGACUCUAUGGGAUUUCCUUGGAUUUUGGGGGCAAAAUCCCAAGUAGUCCCAUCAAGAGCCAUCGAGAAUGUACAUGUUCAUUCUUUCCAUAGGGCAAUCCAUGGGUAUUUUCUAUCAUAUGACGUGUUGUGUGAAGACUAACAUUCACCAAUGGGGUACAGUGGGAUUUGAUGGGACUCCAUGGGGCUUGAUGGGGCACUUUGGGACUCGAUGGGGCAAAGUCAUUGAGGUCCCAUGGGACUCAAUGGGAUUUGAUGGGGCAAGUUGGGAUUCUAUAGGGCAAGAUGGGACUUGAUGGGGCAAGUGGGAUUUUGCCCCAUAAGUGUAUACUGGGCUUUAAGAGAUUUCCUCUCUUCAAGAUAUAGUACAGGCUGUGGAACCUACAUGCCCAUCACAUACUUUAGUUUCAUGUAGCGCCCACGGGUAGAAGUCAACCUCUCUUUAUUAGCUAUAAGGUUAUUAUAUAGACUAUAAAGAAGGGGGGGGGUUGACUUUUACUGUCAGUGGUAGCUCUUGUUUUUAAAAUACCAUCUAUUCGUCGGGAAGGAUCAAUAAGUUGUGUGUCCCAGAUAUUAUAAUUAUAUAAAGACUGCUCAGGCUAUGUAUUUGUACAAAUCAUCAGGGGGUAAAGGGGUUGGUACCUAUAUAGCAAACUGACCAAACAAAUGCAUUAAAGAUAUUCAGCAACAUUAAGCAUAACACUAUCAACAUUUUCUGAGAGAAGUUGCUGGCUCUCUCCAAGAUAAGAUAAAGAUAAACUCUGGCAAAUUUAAAAUGGAGUUCUAAGUUUCAUAGAAAAUAUGAAAAUGUUGGCAAUAAUCUUGUUUAUACAUCUGUUGGAAACAUCUCUGUUUUCAUUUCAUUAACUUCACUGAAUUGAAACAUUCAUCAGAGAUAAUCCCAGAGAGGAUGAAUCAAUCCCAUGAUUCUUCCUCAAUCUGGAACACCUCAUUGGAUGAAAAUGGUCAUAUGAUAAGGUUAAGGAUUGUGGGAUAGCACCUCGCUUGGAUUAUCACAACUAUGAAAGAUAAGUAAGGAAUCAACUGGGAAUCAAAAUACCUGGAGAUAUUUCCCAGAAUCUCAAAUAUCUCACCUGCCAAAAAUGGCAUUUCUCCCUAUAAUUUUGAAAGAAAUACCAGUUUUUCUUGGAUUUUGUAACAGUUUGGAGAAUGAACUAUAUAACUAGCUACUCUAUUCCUUGCUGAUUCCUCUCUUUCAUAUUUUAUGUCAAGUUUAAAAAUCAGACCACCAUGCUAUUUUUGCUGACAGGUGGGGUGGAUCAAAUGUUCACACAGAAUAAUUGCCAUAGUGCAGAAAUUCUUUCUGUGAAAAAUUAUUUUUAGUAAGUGUGUGAACUUUAAAAAA